AUGGCGGUUAAGCUCCAAUUUAAUUGCACGAACAACAUGGCAGAAUAUGAAGCUUGUAUCCUCGGUUUGAAAAUGGCCAUUGACAUGAUUGUCCACGAGCUAUUGGUUAUUGGAGACUCAGAUUUGUUGAUUCAUCAGAAUAAGUUGGUUAAUGCUCUCACCACCAUCGGUUCUAUGAUUAAGCAUCCAAAUAUUGAUUAUAUCGAUCCUCUGGAUAUAGAGUUGAAAGAACAUUCGGUCCAUUGUUCACACGUUGAAGCAGAACCAAAUGGUUUUCCAUGGUAUUUUUAUAUAAAGAGAAGGACUCCGGAUUUGGGUCUUCUUAGAUGUGUCGAUGCUAUUGAACUGCGAAUUGAACAAAUUCAAUCUGGAGUAUAUGGUACACAUAUGAAUGGUCUCACUUUGGCAAGAAAUAUCCUUCGAGCCGGUUAUUUCUUGAUGACUAAGGUGAAUGACUAUUGCAUGUUUGUGCAGAAAUGUCAAGUGCACGGUGAUUUAAUUCGAGUACCACCUCACAAACUCAAUGCUAUGAGUUCACCUUGGACAUUUGUAGCUUGGGGAAUGGAUGUUAUUGGUCCGAUAGAUCCAACUGCUUCUAAUGGACAAAGAUUUAUUUUGGUUGCCAUUGACUAUUUCACGAAGUGGGUGGAAGCAGCUUCAUACAAGUCGGUAACAAAGAAAGUUGUGGUUGAUUUUAUUCAAAAUAAUCUGAUAUGCAGGUUCAGAGUACCAGAGUCGAUCAUGAAUGGUAAUGGUGCAAAUCUCAAUAGUCACUUGAUGAGAGAUAUAUGUGAGCAAUUUAAGAUCACUCAUAGAAACUCAACCGCUUAUCGUCCUCAAAUGAAUGGGCCUGUAGAAGCCGCCAAUAAAAAUAUCAAGAAGAUUCUGAGGAAAAUGAUUGAGAAUCACCGAGGUUGGCAUGAGAUGUUGCCAUAUGCUUUAUUGGGUUACCGAACGACUGUUAGAACAUUGACUGGAGCUACUUCAUACUUAAUGGUAUAUGGAACUGAGGCAGUCAUACCUGAUGAAUGGGUUAGAAAGAGAAUUGAUCAGUUAACUUUGAUUGACGAGAAGAGAAUGGUUUUCAUUUUUCAUGGUCAACUUUAUCGAUAG